CGCGUGCUGAAACGCUUUCGCUUUCGCUUGUGGACUCCAGUUCUGCAGAGUUUCGGUCCGAACUUCUUCAUGGCGUUUAGGUACCCGGCGGCCCGCAGAGACGAGGCUCAGGUGGAUGACUACCAUGGAACCAGGAUCCAGGACCCGUACGUGUGGCUGGAGGAUGCAGACAGUCCAGAAACCAUGGCGUUUGUGGAGGAGCAGAACAAGCUAACGAUGCCGUUCCUGGAGGCAUGUUCGGUCAGGACCCGGUUCCAGCAGCGCCUCACGGAGCUGUACGACUACCCCAAAUACAGCUGCCCCUACAAACGGGGGGACAGGUAUUUCUACUUCCAUAACAAAGGCCUCCAGAACCAGGAUGUGAUGUACGUGCAGAACUCUCUGGAGGACCCAGCCUCCGUCUUCUUUGAUCCUAACCAGCUGUCUGAGGACGGAACCGUGGCGCUGAAGAUGUGUCGUCUGUCGGAGGACUGCGAGUUCUUCGCUUACGGGCUGAGCAGCAGCGGUUCUGACUGGGUCACGAUCCGGUUCAUGAAAGCGGAUGACCUCAGUCUGCUCCCCGAUGUUCUGGAGAGGGUCAAGUUUAGCUGCCUCGCCUGGACCCACGAUGCCAAGGGGGCCUUCUACAACUGUUACCCCCCUCAGGAGGGCAGAACCGAUGGAACCGAGACCACCAGCAACAUCAACCAGAAGCUCUUCUACCACCGGAUCGGAACCCCGCAGUCCGAGGACGUCCUGGUGGCAGAGUUCCCUGAUCAUCCCAAGUGGCACAGUUCUGUUAUGGUCUCUGAUGACGGCCGUUACGCCGUUCUGUCCAUCACGGAGGGAUGUGAACCCGUCAACCUGCUCUGGUUCUGUGACCUGCAGCAGCUCCCUGAGGGGAUCACAGGUCUGCUGCCGUGGGUCCGGCUGGUGGACUCCUUUGAGGCCCGGUUCUCCUACGUCACCAACGAAGGGACUGUGUUUACGUUCCAGUCCAACCUGGAUGCUCCCCGGUACCAACUCAUCAACGUCGACAUCCAGAAACCAGAUCGGCACAACUGGACCACCCUCAUCCCGGAGCACCCCAAGGAUGUCCUGGGCUUUGUCUCCUGUGUGAACAAGCACCACCUGCUGGUCAAUUACGUUCACGACGUGAAGGACAUCCUGCAGGUCUACGAGCUGAAGACUGGCCAUCUGGUGCGAGAUCUGCCACUGGGUGUGGGAACGGUGGCUGGAGUCAGCUGCAAGAAGAAGCACCCAGACUUCUUCUACAAGUUCACCUCCUUCACCACACCUGGUAUCAUCUACCACUGUGACCUGAGUGAGCCGAACCCGGAGCCCAGGGUCUUCAGGGAGGUGGAGGUGAAAGGCAUCAAGCAGGAGGACUUCCAGAUCCACCAGGUUUUCUAUCCCAGUAACGAUGGAACCAGGAUCCCCAUGUUCCUGGUCCAUGCUAAAGAUCUGCAGAGAGACGGGAGCCAUCCGGUCUUCCUGUAUGGAUACGGUGGCUUUGAGGCCUCUAUUCAGCCCUACUACAAAGACCAGCUGCACAGCUUGAGAGGAUUGGGGAACUUCAUAGUUCCAACAACAGGAAGUGGACUGUUUCUCUGUCUUCAUGUCCUCAGCGUGGCCUACCUGCUGUUUGUGAGACACCUGGGAGGAAUCCUGGCGGUGGCCAACAUCAGGGGGGGCGGAGAAUACGGCCUCACCUGGCACAAAGCGGGAACGCUGGGAAAGAAGCAGAACUGCUUCCAGGACUUCCAGAGAGCAGCAGAAUUCCUGAUCCAGGAGCAGUACACCACGGCCAGCCGGAUUGCCAUCAACGGGGCCUCUAACGGGGGUCUGCUGGUCGCGACGUGUGUGAACCAGCGUCCGGACCUGUUCGGCUGCGCCGUGGCCGAGGUUGGUGUGAUGGACAUGCUGAAGUUCCAGAAGUUCACCAUUGGCCAUGCCUGGACCACUGAUUACGGCUGCUCCGAUGACCCCGAGCAGUUCCAUUGGCUCAUCAAGUAUUCUCCUCUCCAUAACCUGCCCGAUCCUCCAUACUCGGGCCCUCCGUACCCGGCCGUCUUGCUCCUGACGGCAGAUCAUGACGACCGCGUGGUGCCUCUGCACACCCUGAAGUACUGCGCCGCCCUGCAGUACGGGGUCGGCAGCAGCCCGCAGCAGCGCCAGCCUCUGAUGGUCCGAGUGGACACCCGCAGUGGCCACGGAGCCGGCAAACCCACUGCCAAGAUCAUCCUGGAGGAGACGGACAUCUUCUCCUUCAUCGCUGAGACGCUGCAACUCAGCUGGAAGGAGUGAGGAGAAAAUCUACAGAGGUUCUGAUCCAUUAAUGCAUCCUAGGUGUUUGGAUUCAAAGUAAAGCAUUUUCAAUAAAAAUCUAUUUUUCUUCUU